GUAACUUUUGCUUUCCCUUCCCUCCUUCCCCUCUCAUAGUCUCCCAUUUCACUUUCUCUCUUUUCUUUUCAUCUCUAACCUAAUUCUCUUCUCUCUUCUCUUCUUCUUCUUCUUCUUCUUCUUCUUCUUCUUCUUCUUCUUCUUCUUCCUUCAUCUCUUCACAUCCAUUCCAUCUCUCUUCAUCUAACCCUAAUUCCCCAACACAAGAUUUAGAACAUAUUGUGAAAAUUAAGGAUCUUUUGAUCUUCCCUUUGUGUUUUGUUUUGUUUUGUUUUGUUUUGCUUUUAUUUUUUUUGUUAAGCUAAGAUCAUGACUCCAUCUAACUUAGCAAGUCAAUUUGGAGAUACCACUUACACCAAAGUUUUUGUGGGUGGUUUGGCUUGGGAAACUCACAAAGACACCAUGAAGAAAUACUUUGAACAAUUUGGUGAUAUCUUGGAAGCCGUCGUUAUUACCGACAAAGCCACCGGCCGAUCCAAAGGCUAUGGAUUUGUCACGUUUCGUGAACCCGAUGCCGCUAUGAGAGCUUGUGUAGAUGCUUCUCCGGUCAUCGACGGUCGGAGAGCCAAUUGUAAUCUUGCUUCUCUUGGUGUUCAAAGAUCCAAACCCUCCACCCCUAAACACGAGAAAAAGAAAUGGGAAUUGACAGGAGGAGGAGGAGGAAGAAAUAAUUUUAGGGUAUUAAGCUCAAAUUUCCAGAGUGGAUUUGGAGGGAAUGUUGGAUCAGCUUUUCAUUCUCCAACAACAACUUUCCCUCAUUAUGCCAUCCAGCAAGGGAUCCCUUACAAUCUCUAUGGGUACUCUUCUUAUUCGCCAGACUACACUUACCCUACGAGCUAUUACAAUGUGUACGGCGGGGCAACUGCACAGUACCCCAUGUACGGGACGGGUCCGGGCGGCAUAUUGAGCGGAGCGGCAGCAGCAGCGGCGGCGUUCUACCCGUAUUUCCAAUUCGGGGAAGGAAGCGGUGGCGGCGGUUCGGGGCAGCAAGGGUAUGGGGUUCAGUAUCCUCACCAUCUGUUUCAAUACUCGGCCGCGAUUAAUUCAACUGCUGCAACAACUUUCCCUCAGCAUUAUGCUGCUCCUCCUAUGUCUCUUCCUCCCACGCCCCCCACUUUGCCAUCAGUGUUUUUUGCUAUUCCACAGGCGUGACCAUGGCUCUUCCUGCACCAAUUCCGCAUCGUUAGAGACAACAUAUAAUCUCUCAUCGCCGACCUCGAAUUCCCUCCAAUUUGUCUUCUUCAAUCAAACCAACUCAACCUUCGCCCUAACCAUGGUUCAAUCCCUUUUCUCUCUUCACUCUAACUCACUCAUGCCUUUUAAGGCCAAUCUUAGCCCCCCAUAGGGGCUAACCUCAAAACCAACCAUACCAAUUCUCACCCUCUCCAAAAUUGGAGCAAAAUCAUGCAUUUCCAUUGUUAUUCAUAUUAAUUAGGGUUUAGUGAAGAAAAACAAGUGAAAAUGGUUCCUUUUAUCAAGAGAACCAAAACCCACUUUGUGAAAAAUCCCAAUUUAGGCCAUCAAGGGAAUUGGCCUCAAAUUGGUAAUAUUUGCACAUAGCUUUGUUUUUUUUUGUUGAUCUUCAAAGCCUAGGAAAGGCUUUAAAGAUUUAACCCAAAAAAACAAAAACAUUUUUCCAAAAAAAAAAAAAAAAAAAAAAAAAAAUUGUAUAUUUUAUCCUAAACACCACACCCCUCUUUUUCUCUUCCAUCACUUUGAAAAAAUUGGAAUUGAAAAAAGGCUAAUAUUUUUCUCAUCAUCAUUUUGUAAUUAAACUUUUAAUUAGGAAGUAAAUUAGAUGGAAAAAUUUUCAAGAAAUUGGUGAGGCUAUGGCUGCCCCCACCUCUUUCUUAAAAUUUGUAGAUUUUUCUUUUUCAAAAUUAAUCACCAAUCUUUCAAAAUAUUUUCCUCUCUAGGGCUAGUGGAUAAUUUUCAUUAUUUUUUUUUUUUUUACAAAUUUAAUUUAGUAAUAGUUUGGUCUAAUCAACCAACAUUAUCUUUGACACAUUAUUUCCCUUGGGUUAGGGGAAUAAUACCUUAAUCUCUUUGAUUAAUUAACUCUUAAUUAAGCACAUUAGUUAAUUUUUCUUGUGUAAUUAAAGUUUUCAUCAACAAUCAUGGUUGAACUUAUGGGAGUUUACAACCAUGUUUAUUUUUGGUAAACCAAAGCACAAAUAUUGCAUUUGGUUUAACUUUUUUUUUCUUUUUUUCUUUUGGUGCAUUUAGGUUAUUUCAUAAUUAGAAAUUAUAAUUAGGAUAAUUAGGAUUAAGCAUGUCAUGAAAUUUUGAGAUAUUCCAUUAAUGGAUAUUGGAAAUCUCAAAAUUAAAGCAUUUUGCAUAUUAGCCCUUGGGAGAUAUUUGGGUUCCCUUUGGCUUUUUUUUUUUCUUUUCUUUUCUUUUUUCCUUUCAAACUAACCCAACCAACCAACCAUGGUUAGGACUUAGGUCAACUUCAUUUCUCUCUAUCUCUUUUCUUCACCCCAUUCUUCCCAUUUUACCUUUUUUUUUUCUUUUCAUUUCAUCUCUUCAAUCAUCCAUCCUUUCAUUUUCAUGUGGUUGUGUGUUCAAGCUUAGCACUUUCUUCUUUCAUGGAGUUGGUGGAACUUGGAAACACUUUUUUUUUUAAUUAAUUAUGUUUGUAAAAGAAGAGCCUUUUUUUCAAAAAAAAAAAAAUUGUCCUUUUUUUAUGGUUUGUAAUGUAAUUAGAUGGUUUAAUUACUACCCUUUUUCCUUUUUUAUGUUAAGGACUACUUUAAUUCUCUCUA